GUUUAACUAGUUGAAGAGAGUGGUACUGACAAGGCUGGUUUAGAGCUGAACAAAGAGCACCAAACUGGAAGGGUUCAGCAGCGUGUGGGUGCCCAGGGAGCCAUUGCAUGAGUCCCAGGAAGUCGUCACCAGGGCUCAGCAAGACAUGAAUGCCACCAAGGGAGGCCUGGUCAUCUUCACGGCCAACUCCAAUCCAUCCUGCAUGGAGCUUGGCAAGAGGAUUGCAGAGCGUCUGGGAGUGGAGUUGGGGAAAGUACAGGUGUAUCAGGAAGCCAACCGUGAAACACGAGUUCAGAUUCAGGAGUCUGUGCGAGGGAAAGAUGUCUUCAUCAUCCAGACAGUCUCUAAAGACGUGAAUACGAUCAUCAUGGAGCUCCUGAUCAUGGUGUAUGCCUGCAGGACCUCCUGUGCGCGCAGCAUCAUCGGGGUCAUUCCGUACUUCCCCUACAGUAAGCAGUGUAAGAUGAGGAAGAGGGGCUCCAUUGUGUCCAAGCUCAUUGCCUCCAUGAUGUGUAAAGCAGGGUUGACUCAUAUGAUCACCAUGGACCUGCACCAGAAGGAGAUCCAGGGAUUCUUCAACAUCCCCGUGGAUAACCUGCGUGCCUCCCCCUUCCUCCUGCAGUACAUCCAGGAGGAGAUUCCAGACUAUAGAAAUGCAGUAAUUGUGGCCAAAUCUCCGGCUUCUGCAAAAAGGGCGCAGUCUUUCGCCGAAAGACUCCGGCUGGGCAUCGCAGUGAUCCAUGGCGAGGCGCAGGACGCCGAGUCGGACCUCGUGGACGGUCGACACUCCCCUCCCACCGUCAAAAACAUCGGCGCCAUACACCCCAGCUUGGAGAUCCCCCUGUUGAUUCCCAAAGAAAAGCCUCCAAUCACCGUGGUUGGAGAUGUCGGGGGACGGAUUGCCAUCAUUGUGGAUGACAUCAUUGAUGAUGUGGCCAGUUUCCUGGCAGCGGCGGACACUCUGAAAGAGAGGGGGGCUUAUAAGAUUUACGUAAUGGCGACGCACGGCAUCCUGUCCUCUGAUGCACCGCGGCUCAUCGAGGAGUCUGCCAUUGAUGAGGUGGUGGUGACCAACACGAUCCCGCACGAGAUUCAGAAGCUGCAGUGUCCCAAGAUAAAGACGGUGGACAUCAGCAUGAUCCUGUCCGAGGCCAUUCGCCGCAUCCACAACGGAGAGUCCAUGUCUUACCUAUUCCGCAACAUCGGCCUGGACGACUGACGUCCGCAACGGGGAGUCCAUGUCCUACCUGUUCUGCAACGUCGGGGAGGACAACUGACGGCCUGGCAGAGGCACCCCCCCUGUCUCCCAGAGCCUAGCUACACGGCUGGGCCUCACUCCAUGCACUUGUUACUUCCUCAGCAUUGCAGUGACUGGCGCUCUCAAGUUGAAGCUGUAUGCCAUAGAUUUUACUUCACUGUUUCCGAUAGACCUUUUGGGCCCAAGAUUCAUUCUUUUAUUGAAGUUGUUUUCAUCGCUUGAAGCAAAUGUAGUUUUUAAACCCGGUGCUUGGUAAUGUUCAGUUCAGUCUGUUACAUACGGGUAGCUGCUGUUGCCAGAUUGUGCAGAUCUAUCAGUGAAUUUGAAGGGGAGGGUGGCAACGGCUGUGCAGUGCAGCAUGAAUUCAAAUCAAAGGUAGAAGCGUAGUCAUUUUUAUAAAACAUGAAACACACAGCAGUUAAAGGCCAAACCAGGGAUGUCAAACAGCUGGGUAAUCGAUUGUCAUCACCUUGCAGCAGCCUUGGACCUCUUCAUUUUGUGGCUCUGCUUUCACAGUGACUCUCUUUGCCCUCUGUAAUAACCACAGGGUCCCAUCUCCCUUGUCUUACUCUGAUUUUAAUUUGCUGUGGGACAUUCCCUUCUUGUAUUAGGACUGGCUUCUUCCAUUAAGUCACCCUGGGCAGGCUUAUACUCACAUUGCUCAAAAGCUUUACAGCAGUUUAUAUUUGACUGUGUAAUCAUGUAAUUUUGCCUCAAGCAUCUCUCUUUUCUACUUUUUAUCUUGUCAAAAUGUGAUAGCUGUCCCAGAGUGUAAAACAGGGUAUGAUGCACUUCAGAAUGGUUAUCUAUUCUUAACCUUUUUUAUACUCAAAUAGACAGAAACCCAUGCGUGAAAUAACGUCACCCGGACUGUGAAGUAUAAAUUAAUUAUUUUUGUUGUUGUUUGUUUCUUCACUAUGAAGGCAUCUCUCCACUUUGUACGAGGUACCAGUCCACCAGUUACAGAAUCCCUCAGGCUUCCUAGUUACACACUGCACUUGUGACCCUGGUUGAUGCUCUGACUUUUCAUUGUAAUCUCAUGUUUAAAUAAUCUGGGAGUUUGAAGAUUUGGUGUUUGAGCCUGUUACAUUUUAUUGAAUUGAUUGCAUUUAUUUUCUGAUACCACAGUCCUCUCUGUAAACACAGGCCAUUUGCCUUCAAAAGCUGAUCCUAGAACACCACACUGUUUAACAAUUACCUAAAAUUGCAGGGCUGUAUAUUGUACUGGAUUGUACUUUUAAUAUAUGAAAUUUAGCAGAAAUUGAACAAAAACAUAGAAAUAUUUAUUUUUAUUUAUUCUUUUUGUCACUAGGUGGUGUCACUGAGUGUUGAAAUUGGUUUCUCAGGAGAAAUAUUGCAUAUAAUUAAGGCUCAUCAUUUUCGGAGUUUCUUUUUUAUUUUAAACAUCCGGGAAUUAAAAAAAAAAAAAACGGGUGAAAAUCGGGAUUAUAGUGAUGCAAAUUUCUGGGAUAAAUCUUUUCUUUUAAUUUUAAACAUUGUCCUUUCUUUUAACCGUAGGCUUUGUUAAUGGAGCAAUGAUAGUGCGCAUUCGAGGAGAUUGGAUAUAUUGCCAUUUCAACUGCACAUUUAAUGAUAUUCGCACUGUAAUACACACAAGAAGGCCUAAAAUUGCUGUAAUAAUGAUGAAGUCAUUCUAAUACCAAAUACUAAGGAAUUCUGUUUAAUCCCUUAAACCGCAUGAGUAUAUUUAUUUCCAUUCAAUCCUUUUUAACAGCGAAAAACAAUAAAAUGAAUGGUUCUAUUUGUAUAAACUAUUUUACGAUGCCAUUGUUUUAGCAACAUGUACAGUGACAAAACAAUCAUGGGUGGACAUUGGUUUAAUCUGAACUGUACUUUUGAAAAAUUCUGGGAAAUUUGGGAGAAAUUGGUUAAAACUGACAAUGAUGAGCCUUUAAUAUAAUGGAAGAAUGAAGGAAAAGUGGUCUCGUAUGAAGAGCCAGGACUGCUGGCUAAAGGCUAGAGGAGGGGGGAAGGCAAUGCCUGUUUUUUGGUUGAAUUGUAAAUCUUUCCCUGUGUUUUUAAUGGAUCAUUUUAUGGCCAAAUCAAGUGAAGGAAAAACACAGGAUGAAAGCCCUUAUCCCAGCCCUAGCUUUUGUAUUUAUUUUCGGCGACUGACGAAAAAUAAAAACUGUCAAAUUUC